GAGUUUGCAACAUGCAAUGAUGAAACGCCUAUCUUCACAUAAUCAUCCUUAUAGUUAAAGGGCGUUUCAGUGUUAAACUGUAACUACGGUUGAUUGUGCGGGUACAUUUAAUUCUUGUCGAGCAGCGAUAUUCUUGUACGUGGAAAAAGAAUUACACAUUUGAUAGGGAGAAGACAAAGGUCUGGUUUUCUUCUUUGUACUGUGUGCAUUUCUGAAAUCUACAGUACCUUUGAUAUGGAAUACGAACCAGAAACUGAGAAUAUGUCCGGGACAUUGAUGUACCACGUGGACCGACCUGUAUAUAAUGAGGGAUGCAUCGAAACAGAGCUGCUGCAUAGGAAACAAAAGAAUCCCCAGACAAUAAAACAAAAGUUAUCUCAGAAUCUUCGCUGUUCUUCUAAGAAAUUGCAAUCGGCUGUGUACAGUUUCUUACCAAUUCUGACAUGGCUACCCUCCUAUCCAGUAAAGGAAUAUUUGUUGGGAGACAUUAUUUCUGGUUUGAGUACUGGAGUAAUGCAACUACCUCAAGGUUUAGCUUAUGCAAUGCUGGCAGCUGUGCCUCCUGUCUUUGGCCUUUAUUCAUCUUUCUAUCCAGUCCUGCUGUACACUUUCUUUGGAACCUCAAGACAUGUAUCUAUAGGCACUUUUGCAGUGAUAAGCCUGAUGAUCGGUGGAAUUGUGGUCCGGGAAGUUCCUGAUUCAGUGUUUGACAUUACAGCAGUUAAUGGAACCAAUAACACGGACAAUCAACUGGCACGGGAUGCCAUGAGAGUAAAGGUAGCGGUGGCUGUUACUUUCCUUACAGGAAUCAUUCAGUUUUGCUUGGGUCUUCUUCGGUUUGGCUUUGUUGCCAUCUACCUGACAGAGCCCCUGGUCCGAGGGUUCACAACAGCAGCUGCCGUGCAUGUGGUGGUGUCACAGCUAAAGUACCUCUUCGGGAUAAAAACAGAACGCUACAGCGGGCCUUUAUCAGUCAUAUAUAGCUUCAUCGCAGUAGUUUCGAAAAUUACAACAACCAAUACUGCAGCAAUAACUGUUGCAUUAAUUUGUGUUGUGUUUCUGAUGGGGGUAAAAGAAAUCAACGAACGCUUUAAAAAGAAGCUGCCAGUUCCAAUACCUGGGGAAAUCAUUGUGGUGAUAAUUUCAACUGGUGUCUCAUAUGGGAUGGAACUCCGUGAGAACUAUAGAGUAGAUGUUGUUGGAGAAAUACCUGUUGGGCUCCUUCCUCCUGCUGUUCCAGAUUUCAGCAUAUUUGCUGCCGUAAUAACAGAUUCCUUUGCCAUUGCAAUUGUGGGCUUUUCUAUGGCUGCAUCAAUGUCCAAAAUCUUUGCUCUUAAACAUGGCUACACUGUUAAUGGCAAUCAGGAGCUGAUCGCAUUAGGCUUGUGUAAUUUUUUAGGAUCAUUCUUCCAGACAUUUGCCGUCACCUGCUCAAUGUCCCGUAGCCUUGUCCAGGAGAGCACAGGAGGGAAAACUCAGAUUGCAGGGUUGUUGGCCUCCAUUGUCGUUCUCCUAGUUAUUGUGGGUAUCGGUUUUGUCUUUGAAACAUUACCUCAGACGGUUCUGGCAGCGAUUAUUAUGGUGAAUUUGAUAGGGAUGUUUAAACAGUUCAAAGACAUCCCUUUGCUCUGGAGAACCAGCAGGAUUGAACUUGCAAUAUGGUUUGUGGCUUUUGUUGCAUCUGUUCUCCUGGGAUUAGAUUAUGGACUGCUUGUGGCUGUUGCGUUUGCAAUCAUCUCUGUUAUUUACAGAACUCAAAGUCCAAAAUACACAAUUCUUGGCCAGAUCCCAGGGACUGAUUUAUACUGUGCUACUGAAGAGUACGAAGAGGUAAUGGAGCAUUCUGGUAUUAAAAUAUUCCAAGCAAAUAGCCCGCUGUACUUUGCCAAUAGUGAACUUUAUGUUAAAGCCCUAAAAAAAAAAGACAGGAGUGGAUCCUGUUGCAUUACUAACAACAAAGAAAAAAAGUCAGAAGAAACAAGAAAAGGCAAAAAACCAAGCAAAGACAACUAACAAGAAAAGAAAUUCAGUUGUUAAACUUACCAACGAUCAGGAGAUGGGUGUCAAACAUGAGCUUAUGGAAGGAGAGACUCACACAGACUUAGUCAGGAACGGUCAGUUUGCAACUGCU